AUGGCUGUCCACGACAGAAUAACCGUCGAUAUCCCGUACGUCAAACGAGACAACGAUGGCAACAUUCCGAACCAUGCCCAGAUGUUCUCCCACGACAUCGAAUUCCUCGACUCGCAGCCAGCCGAAGUUCAUAAUGCCCGCGCAACAGAAAAGAAGUUCUCGAUUCCUACAACAGGGUUCCAGUAUGCGCGCUUAGACGAACCGCCCGAGAUCGAUUAUUUGGAUGACGAGCAAGUGAGAAAGACGUAUUUCCCUCGCCUAGAAAAGCUUCUGAAAGAACAGCUCGGUGCAUCUGAAGUUAAGGCCUUUCACCAUGUUGUACGAAACGUGACCUACGAAGACGGCAUGGCCUACACCCGCAAACACCGUUGCCCAGCCAGACGACCACAUGUCGACGUCACCAGCAAAUUCGCGCCUAUACUGAUGAGCUGGGACUGUCCCAGUAUGCACGCGGAUGUACACGAGAAUGGAAAGCAUUGGCAGAUGGUCAAUGCGUGGCGGCCGUUGAAGACGGUGCGCAAGAACCCGGUGUCAGUGGUCGACACCACGUCGAUGGCUUGGGAGGACUACUUGACCGUCCCGCAGCCUGAGGUCGGCCCUGGCGUCGAGGGUUACUGGCUGCAAAGGCCGCAGGCUGCUGAGAGACGUCAUGAGUGGUGGUAUCUGGCGGAUCAAACACCCGAAGAGGUCUUGUUGUUUCUGCAGCAUGAUUCUGAAGGUGCGCAGGUUGUGGCGCAUACGUCAUUUACGCAACCUGGACCAGCACCGAAGGAGCCUAGGGAGAGUAUAGAGGUCAGGCUGUUUGUCGUUUAUUGA